AUGGGAAGCGAGGUCUUGGGUGACGGGCAGGCGCAGGAGCGGGAGACCGCGACGAGGCUCCUGUGGACACUAUUUGUCGCCGUCCGCAACACCGGCUCGUCCGUCUACGACGAAGGCAGCUCCAUCGCAGAGCGGUCGUGGAGUUUUGAAAGAAGGGUGUACAACAACUUCCACCGCAGUUGUGCACUCAAGAACUGAUGAUCAUGAUGAUCGAUCUGCAGCUGCACUCUCGUCCCAGCAGGAGGCAAGUUCCCACAGGAAUAUAAGUACUGCAGCUGCAUCAAAUAGUACUAGAGGAGGUUCAGCUUCAGCAUUCCUAGGCCCGAGCCAGACAUCAGGGAGAGGAGGAUCACACCACCACUACCUGCCGAAAGUUGAGAGAUCUGCUGUAGUGUCAAAGCGAAGUCGCACUCCAGCCGAGCAGGCACAGUUUCUCAAAUAUUUUCUGGCGGAUUCCAUUGUUGAAGAUCUCGAAUGCUUCCGAAGACUCUACUUUGCAUCUACUCCUGAAAAUUCAGAACACCAAGGCAUAGGCGAAAGCGCGAGUGGUCGGUGGUCGGUGCUAGGUCAGAGCUACGGCGGCUUCAUCGGAGUGCGGUACCUUUCGCAGUACCCAGAGGCAUUAGACCGCGUUCUUUUUACUGGCGGGCUGCCACCGCCCAUGCAGUGUCCGGUCGACCGCGUGUACGCAGCGACUUGCCGUAGACUCAGUGAGCGGAAUCGGGAGUUCUACUCUCGUUACCCUGAGGACGUUUGGCGUGUCCGAGUCCUGUGCAAGUAUCUGGAGUUGCACGACAUCCGUCUGCCGAUCGGUGGCGCCUUCGGUGGCCGCUUAUCCCCGCGUCGCUUUCUGCAGCUGGGCCUGUGUCUCGGGACGCAGACAGGACUGCACUCAAUGCACGCGGUUCUGCGCAGCGCUUUUGAGGAGCCCUUUCGCAGUGUCUAUUUGAGACAAACCAUGCAGGCAGCGAGUGAAAUUCAGCAACGAGCGGAGACCUUGGCCAAAAAUAUCACCGAUAGUUAUGGUACUGUGGAAAGAAGAGACCAAUUCAGAGCAGCUGCCGCUCAACUUAAAGUACUUAGUGGAGCAGGAACAGGUUCGCAGGCUCAGGUUAUCGAGCGACCUGUAGUGGAGUCGUCUCAUUUUCAGCAAAAGGAAGAACAGGCUCAAGCACAACGACAACCAGUAAGCUCAACGGCAUCAACUAAAGCGACGAGAAGGCGUCGCGAUUCCGUCAACAAACGGGGUGUUUGUGAAGAUGCCGAUGCAGGUGCUGUUUAUUCUGAUGCGUGUUCAUCGUCUUUUGACACAUCAUCCGACGACGACGGAAGGCCGCGAGACGACGGCUGUGGACGAAGGCGGCGUCGACGUCGCCGGGGCAAGCUGUCUAUGGAUGCUCCUCCAGUUCUAGACCUUGCGGAUCUACUUCAGAAUCAAGACCAAAGUGUGAACAAAAAUACAUAUCCAGAGGUGGAUCAGGAUCAUAUAGAAAACACGCCAAAACCGAAGGUGAGGAUGCAACCUGAUGAGGUUUCAUCGUCAGCUGCUCUCCCCGGGUGUGUUCCGCAAUAUCUACUAACACCCUGCUCCUGCUCGGCGCAUGGAGCAUUCGACGCAUCCACUUCGGCAGCUACAGGUGAAGCUGCAGGAGGCUUGCUGAAAACACCGAAAUCGAGCCCGAAGCGUCCGGCUUCGCAUGAGGACGACAAUGAAGACAGUUCUGACGAAAGAAGAGAGUUUGUUGGUCUCGGAACUAGUUGUACAACUCAAUCGACUCCUGCGAAAGCAUUGUUGGACGUCGGCGCAAAGAAGAUCGGGAAGCGUAGGCGUAAGGCACCGCUUGAAGUACAAUCGCAGCAUUGGGAGGGCGAGGCGGAGCACUCCAAAAGUACUAACAUUUGCACUCCACGCGACUUGUUCACCGGCACAAGCACCUCCUCUACAUCCUUCAGAUCUUCCCCUCUUCAACAGCACGAGCAUUCGUCCGUUAAUACUGUUCUGCAAGAUCAGACUAACGCAUCAUCUGUGUUUUCUUCAGCCGCCUCUGUUACGACAUCGUCAAGCACACCCUGUCAAAGCCCACAUCAAGCACAACCAAAUUCUCAAGCGCCACUAAAUCCGCCACUUCCGCAAUCUACUGUACAUGAUCGUUUAUCUACGACGGCUCCACCUGGUCCGAUUGGUACGCUUGACCUCGAACCAAACAGGGUUUCCACAGCCGCGAGCGCGAUCGGUACUCCUGGAUGCGCCGGAAGCCUCGUAUCAGCGCCACCAGGUACAGCAUCCCUGAUGCCUCCUCCUUCAAGAACGUCGGAAAUCUUAUCCUCUGAGGAGAGCAUUAUGAACCACCCUGCCCUCCUGUUGGGUCCGCGAGGCGGCGCACAGCUUUCACGCGCAUUCCUUACAGCAAUGGGUAACGCGCAACCGUUUGAAUCACAGCCAUUGUACGCCUUGCUGCAGGAAAGCAUCUACAUGACGGAGCCAGGGUGUUCCUCCGGAUGGUCAGCAGCGAGAACGAUUGCGUCAGAGCAACACAGAGAAGACUUUUGGUAUCACGAGCUGAAGCGAUCUUGUAGUGAAGAUGUCACAACGGAGGUGGGCUCGUCAUCCAACCUUGUAGUAACUAGUACACCCCUGCUCGCCAACACCGAGAAUCCCACCGUUACGAUGAAGGUGAAUUAUCAACAUGCUCAUGACGAUGACAUUUCAUGUGCCGCAGCGUGCAGUCCAAGCGCGUACGAUAGUACGGGUUGCGCUGCAAGCGCGUUUGACAGUACCGGCUGUGCCUGUGCAGCAGCACUCGAACCUGCAGAAGUAGCCACGCAACAUCAACAUGGAAAUCAAUACGACCACAGGAACGCCGCGCCGCCACGAACGCUUGCGUCGCAGAGCACUCCUGAGUUUCCUCUACGGUGGUGGGACGAUGAGCAAUUUUCCGGACGACCGCUUUUUUUCACGAGUGAGAUGGUGUUUCCCUGGAUGUUUUCUAAAGAUUUCAUUGGCCUUCAACCGUUGCGUGACUGCAUGAUGGCAUUACACAAGGAAACAGAGUGGCCACAAAUGUACGACCUGUCCUCGUACCAACAGCUUCACGCAAACCUGCGGACAUUUCUGAAUGCAGAAGAACGAAUGAUCGCACAGUAUUUGGAAAAUGAGAAAGCCGUCGUUUUUACGUCGCAAGAGGACUACACAGACGAACUUGUUCUACGACCCGGCGAUCCCAAUCAUGCUAGAGGAACAAGUGCGAGUACUAGCAGCAUCGAGAAAUCGCAAUCAGCACUCAGCACACCAGGUCGACGAGAUUCGUUGUCGUUCCACAGUUGCGUAGAAGACGAAGUAACACCGGGCAUCAUUAGGUCCUCUCCGCAGCGUGUAGCGGUAGUCGAUACGAAGGCAAAGAAUACUUGGACGACAGGCUGCGAGGUACUAAAAACAGGGAAAACGUCCUGUUCGUCCGCGUCUUUGUACUCACCCUGCAAGAGUACCGGUCAGCAUGUUCAUCCUACUCUGCUUUCUGAGCAGGACAGCGCCCAACAAUCACCUCUACUGUCGUCAACUUCUCGCGAAGAUCCUCAUGCGGCUGAUGUGAAGAAGAGAGUACGGACGACACUACGUGAAAUAAAAGCUCCACCUCAUUGUCCGACUUGUGCUGCAGUGGUUUACUACGACGAUAUGUACGUAGAGCGCGAGUUGUCGGAGGAGACGGCAGCGCAAAUCCCGGGAAUCCGUCUGUGGGUCACGAAUGAAUACCACCACUCAGGUCUGUUGGAUGACGGCUUUGUCCUGCUGGACCGACUCUUGGCGAUGUGCGAGCAAGCGGAGUGCGAAGAAAAGUAAUCGUUGAGCAACCCGUCUUGCUCUUCAAGUACAGGGAUAGUAAUGUCUUCACAAUUUCAUUUCGAAGAAGUUCCUUCGUUGAACGAGACCACGUCGAAUGGGGGAAUCGAUUUAAUUUGAUGUCCGCAGUAGAUAUUGCUUAACCUCCAUCAUGUCCAUAGUGGUAUCAUCAUCAUGUGUACGACUCGCUCCUCGAGACUUAUAUAUGCCUAUGCUUACGAGGAGUACUCGAAAUUUUCAUAUCCUGAGAACAUUCGACGUGCUCCUGGAAGAGCUACCCUCACGCUCACAUAAUUGAUACACUUUUUGAGGUUUUGACGUAGAAUUUUCAACAUCAUUCAUUGAUUUUUCGUGCCAUCAAUCAAACAUGCUGACGCAAAUACCUAAAGAAUGGAGCGACGCAGGUCGAUGUCGUAUUGCAUAAAGCAGAUGUGGUCGCGCUAGAUGAUACUAGAAGAGGUCAUCUCUCAAGAAUUUACAGUGUUCCUUCUUUUGUUUGAGAAGUGAGAAAGUUCUUCGUUGCAUUUUCGUUGCUGAGAUGUUGAUGUGUAGUUUGCCUUCCGCGGUUUUCCCGUUCGAAAAUGAAAAAAUGUACUUACUCACAAUUCUAAGCAAUUAAUUCUAGAAAAAUGAUUAGCAUCAUAGCUCUUGUGUCCGCAGCGAUGAGACAAUGCUAUAUUUUGUACAGAUUACAACGCUAAGGAGCGCUUCUAGCAAAGCAUGACUCUCCGUUUUUCUCGGUUAGAGCUCGUAGGCUGGCGUGGUUCGUUGACUGUAAAUAGCAACUUUUGUCUUCACUUAAGUAGGUCCAUCAUCAUCGUUCUUUUAGUUUGGAAACAGGAAGGUAUACAAGAAGCGAGUCGGUCCUCGCGUGCAGCUCAAGCGCAGCUCGGUCUAGUAAAGUAGAUUCUUUGAUGUCGGCGUUUUCAUAGUCGUGAAUGCUCGCCUCCCCGAGGCGAGCCAACUCCUAUCCUAGCCUUUUUCGUGCCUCUGUCGCUGCCGACGCCGAGCAUGAACACCAAGACUUAACAGCAUGUGCAUGCUUCGGCUUCGCUAGUUGCGUUUUUGACCGAACGAUGUUGUUGUAGCAUUGCGAACGAGAUUUUUGCAGAUUCUUCAAAGUAACCCAUCCUCUUCCUGCUCGUCCACUUCCUGUCCCAUACUUCUAUUCACCAACUUAUCGAAUGGUGUUGAUGUUGUGAAGACUAUUAAUACAUGUCGUGGUAAUUUAUUAUAUGAUCACGAUCGAAGAGAUGUUGACUUUGUGAUAUCCUUUUCUGGAAGGCAAAUCGAGAAGCGAAU